AUGAACGAACGUAAGAUCUUGUUUUUUAUUCUCUCUGUAGUCUUUUACUGUAUUUACAGUGUUAACAUGUGGUUUAUGACAAGCAAUAAUAAUGGGGUAACCUCAGACAACAGUGAGAAAAGAGCCAAGUUUGAGCCCGAAAUAAUCGUAAACAAAACUGAAACAAAACCAUUAAGAAAGGCGAAGAUUAUUCCGUUGUUUCUGAAAGACGCAUGUAGUGUUUUACAAAUAUUCACGGAAAGGCCCGAAAUAAAACAUACCAAACCUAAAGAAGAAAAAAUGGAACCUGAGAACAAUACUAUUACAGUAAUAGGAAUUACAGCUUUCCUUAUCAUUUUAACUUUAAACGCUGUACUCGAUGUACUUAAAGUGAAAGAAGAAGAAAGAGCGAGAAGAAAACUUAAUCCUGACGGAGAGAGAAGACAUUCUUUGGCAGAAUUUGCCAAUAAGAAGAUGUUAAGGAGAGAAUCCAGCAAAUUCAGCCUCCAGCUAUUUCAAAUAGCAGAAACUGUACCUACAAACAUAAACGAAGAUAAAAACAGCCGUCGCGAAAGCAGGCCAUACAUGAGAGGUGAAUCAAUCAACUCGUACUUGAAUGAUAAAAAGACCCAAGGAGAAUGCUCAGCGCCGGCAUCCAUCAGUGAUUCGCCAGUUUCUGAAUCUAAGCUCGUCAAAAGACAGUCAGUUGCAAAGCUUUUUGGUGCUCGACCAGCUCCUAUGGUGAGGCGAUCGUCUUUUCCAGCACUUCCUUUGAAUCCUGAUAUCCAAGCAAUAAUGCUAGGUCACAGACAAGCCUCCUUCGACAGUGACGAUGAGAGUGAUGGAAAAGGACGUCGUGUUAGAAUUAUACGUAGAUAUUAA